CACCAUUUUUCACGCUAAAGCCAUAGCUCACAUUCCUAAGUAUCAAGCAAAUUAACAAGAAGAGAAGAUCAGCCAUGAAUACUCCUAAAAUCAAGGCCUUUCUUCUGCUUCUUCUUGUACUGCUUAUGCCCUUAUCAGGCAUGGUUGAAGGCUUCAAGGAUGGCAUGAAUCCCAAUCACUCACUUCGCAAGGAUGGUAUCCGAGUGAACUGGAGGAAGCUUCCAGAGCUUGAUGCACUGCUGCACGAUUAUGAAGGUGCAGGACCCAAUACUAGGCAUGACCCGAAGAAGAAACCUGGAAACCCUUAAGUACUGCCUUUUGGGCCCUAACCUUAUAAUAGAAGCUACUGCCUCUCUCUCUCUAGAGGGUUUGAUAAUGUUUGAGGAAACGCCAAUAUAGCAUUCUAAAUGAGUUUCUUUAUUAAUAUAUAUGGUAUCCAACCCUAGUAGUGGGUGUUGUAAGGCCUUAAAAUAUGUAGGACCUCACUUAGUAUAUCAGAUGUUUCCUAUGUAUGCAGUUUCUGCUGCUAUUGCUUAUUCUGCUAUGAUACAAAUAAAACAAGUUUAUGCUAUUGUGACAAAA